CAACCAAUGCUCGGAAGUUAGAAUGUCAACAAUGUUAUGAAUGGUGAGCAUUUCAGAUGAAAGCAAACACAGACGAAUAAGUCCGACUUGUGAAGAAAAGAGGACUGAAAAUGAAUUCUGUAACCUAUUCGUCACGGCAAUUACAACCAGGCAUGAAACCGUCGACUAUUUGUGGCGCUUACUCCAAUAUGUGAUGACUUAUAGAAAGUGAUAUCAUGUGAAUUAGGAAAAAAAACUGGAUAUACAGUGUAUAUAAUUCUGUUGUACCCGAUAAAUGGUACAUUGUUUUCUUCUACCUUUCCAGGGACUGACGAUGUAUAAAACGACUUUUGUUGUUCUUAUUCUUACAUGGAAUAUCAAUGAAAUAGUGGGCCAGUGUGUUGCUGGAACCAACAGUGCCGGAAAAAACCCUACCGUGGCCACGACAGACGACGGCACAGCGAGGACGUUCAUCUUUAAUUCCAUUGAUAACGACUACCAGAUUGACUGCUGUGGCUUCGUUGCCUCCUGGGAGUUCUAUGUGGGAACCGCCACGGGAACGUUGUAUGCUCAGGUGUGGCGACUGUCUGGGACAGACUGGGAACUGGUGGGCCAGAACGCAAUCACAGUCACCACGGGAGACCAAAAUGCACUUAAAACCGAGCCAAUUGAUGCCUCACAACAAAUUCCUGUCAAAAUAGGCGAUUUUAUUGGAUUUAAGUCGACUGCCGCCACUAUACCGAUGUACCACCGGACCAACAUGGGGACAGGGAGCGACAAUGAGAACAUCCAAUUCUCAGACUCGGCCAUCACUACUCCCGGAUCCACCGACACAUCAUUCAUACAAUACGGUGUCACUAACAUUGAGUUUAGCUUGAAGGCCAACCUAGCACCGGGUAACGUACCUACAUUCGGGGCAUCACCAACGAGCAGCUCCGUGACAGACGACACCGCCGUGGGGACCCCGAUUGCCACGGUAACCGCUACAGACGCCGACACCCUGGAUACACUAACCACCCAAUGGACGGCGACCUCGCCCGCCGGUAACUCAGGAGUGUUCAACUACGACAGUGUUACAGGUGCUUUAACGACCACAAACCAACUUCCUAUUGGAACAACAGAUUUGACCUUCACCUCAACAGACAACUGUGGGAAUACCGUCACACACGUUUAUUCUCUUACCGUAACAAACUACCCUCCCGUUUUCCAAAACCUCCCCGAUACAACGUCUAUCAGCGAAGACAUUGCAGUAGAGACUCAGCUUAAAGUCCUGACGGUUACUGACGCCUCAUUGGCUGACACAGUCACGUGUUUGGUCAACAACAUCAACCCCACGACCACAGACCUCUAUCUCCGAUAUGCCCCUGGAACAUCAGAUUAUGCCGUUUAUUUGAAAGGAGACAAUUCUUUGAACUACGACACACAGCGCCAGUAUGUUAUAACGAUCGACUGCACAGACACCAAAGUAACUGUUCAGGAAACCUACACAGUGUACGUUCUGAGGAACCAGCAGCCGACAAUAACUAAUCUACCCGCCGGUUCCAACUCCAUAGAAAUUGCUGGAUCCACCACACCAAUUGGUACCAACAUAUUCACCGUGACCUCGACUGACCCGGAAAAUGACCAGCUUCAUUACAAUAUGACCUGUAUUCCAGCAUGUCCUUUUAAGAUACACGACUCCGGGAACAUACAGGUGGACAGCAGUUUGGCUGGUCUGACGUCAACAGCGUACGACCUGUUUGUCUACGUCUAUGACGGCAGCACGCUAGUCGGGCCCAGGAGUCUGACCGUCAAAAUAUCAGAUAUCAACACGGCUCCAAACAUCACAAACCUACCCUCGGGGAUAGUCGUGCCAGAAAACAGUGCCCCCUCCACCACAUUGUACACCCUGGAGAAGACGGACGUCAACAGUCUGGACACGCACACGUGGACCUACUCCAUCAGCUCGGGGGGCUCCGUCUACUUCGCCGUGGAUAGCUCUGGUAUUGUGAAGACAACUUCCACUCCAAUCAAUUACGAGACCAUCACCCCCAAGACAUUCUACGUGACGGCCUAUGUAUCUGACGGGCAGGCGUCGGCGAGUGGGACGCUCACUAUUGACGUGUCUAAUGUAAACGAGGCGCCAUCUUUCUCAAAGACGACGUACUCCGUCACCGGAAACGAGGGAGCGGCUGGGGCCACUAUCGGGACGCCGGCGUUUGUCGUCACCGAUCCGGAAGGAGACACCUUAACGUAUUCACUGGCCUGCCCAGAAUUCACACUGACUUCCGGGGUUUUGACGUUCACCAGUGACUACGAUGUUGACGCAGGCCUCGCUACCACUGUAUCCUGUGGUGUGACGGUGUCCGACGGAAGUCUGACCGACACGGCUACUCUCGUGGUCAACAUAAACAACAUCAACGAUAACACCCCAACCUUCUUCAGAAGCACCUACUCGUUUUACGUCACUUACGACUCCACUGUUGGUACAGUCAUAGCUGAUAUUCCUGCGACAGAUGGGGAUAUAGGCACUUUCGGUGAGAUUACGUAUUCCAUCGACCAAACUUCAACCGGGGGAACAUACUUCAGAAUGAACUCUGACGGGGGUUUGUACGUGGCGUCAGAUUUAUCCACUUUCAGUGCUGGGACCACAAAAGACAUCAUUAUAACCGCCACUGAUGGCGGCGGCCUAACGGACACCACCACAGUUACCAUAGUGAUCCCAGGCGUCACCACUACCACCGUCUCCACAACCACCGACAGGUACAUGACUUUUUUCGAGGACACUCGGAAUGUGGCGUGGUUUGUGGCGUGUAUGGCUCUCCUCGUGGGACUUUUAAUACUGAUCUCGGUCUUUAUUGUUCGAUAUGGAGACUUCUCUUGGAUGAAAAGAUUGUGUGAUGAAAUAUCCAGAAAGUGCAGAAGGAAGCGCCGAUUUAAAAUAAGAAGAGAACCAACAGAAAUAUCUUACGUAGAACCAUCACGUGUGCGUACACCGGCGUCGUUAACUACCUGGGAUGCAUGGAAAUCGAACGAUCACACCUUUAAUUGAACAGAAAUCGAAUAUUAAGACCUUAAUGUUUUUGUUAUUGUUUACGUAUUGUUAUGAAGAAUAUGAAUGUACAAAGAUUUAUAUAAUAAAUGUUAGGUUUUUUGUUGCAUAAA